CCCUGCCGCCCGGCCUGUGCUCUCAGCUUUCCCUAUUUUCUUCAGCUGCAGCCCAAAAAAGCUUGGUAAAUGACUGCAGAGAUCCAACAGCCCCCCUCCCAGCCCCCUGCCCAGAGCAGCCCAAUGUCUGCGGCCACUGACAAGCAUGGAGGGCAACCCUCGGCUAUGGAGUCCGCCUCCUGUGCCACCAAGACCAAGAAGACCAACGCUGGCAUCAGAAGGCCAGAGAAGCCGCCUUACUCGUACAUUGCGCUCAUAGUCAUGGCCAUCCAGAGCUCCCCCACCAAAAGGCUCACCCUCAGUGAGAUCUACCAGUUUCUGCAGAGCCGCUUCCCCUUCUUCAGAGGUUCCUACCAGGGCUGGAAGAACUCAGUCAGGCACAACCUGUCCCUCAAUGAGUGCUUCAUAAAACUGCCCAAGGGCCUGGGGAGACCAGGGAAGGGCCAUUACUGGACCAUUGACCCAGCCAGUGAGUUUAUGUUUGAGGAGGGCUCCUUCAGGAGAAGACCCCGAGGCUUCAGGAGGAAAUGCCAAGCGCUCAAGCCCAUGUACAGCAUGAUGAAUGGCCUGGGCUUCAACCACAUACCAGACACUUACAGCUUCCAGGGGGCAAGUGGCACCAUCUCGUGCCCACCCAACAGCUUGUCAUUGGACAGUGGCAUCGGAAUGAUGAACGGCCAUCUGCCGAGCAAUGUCGAUGGAAUGGGCUUAAGUGGGCACUCAGUAUCGCAUCUAACUGCCAACGGUGCUCAUUCCUACAUGGGCAGCUGCACAGGCGCCUCUGGGGGGGACUACUCCCAUCAUGACUCCGGCUCUCCUCUCCUAGGAGGUGGGGUGAUGGAUCCCCAUUCUGUCUAUUCAAGCCCCGCAUCGGCCUGGGCCCCAUCAGCUUCAACCCCAUAUAUCAAACAACAGCCUCUCUCCCCGUGCAACACUGCUGCUAACCCUCUGUCCUCCAGCCUCUCCUCCCACUCAUUGGAUCAGUCCUACCUGCACCAGAACAGCCACAAUACAGCCUCAGAGUUACAAGGUAUCCCAAGGUACCACUCCCAGUCUCCCAGCAUGAACGACAGGAAAGAAUUCGUUUUCUCUUUUAAUGCCAUGGCCUCCUCCUCCAUGCACUCUGGCAGUGGAUCUUAUUACCACCAGCAAGUAGGUUACCAAGAUAUCAAGCCCUGCGUCAUGUGAUUGGAUAGCUGUGGCUCAGACUUGUCCUCUUUCAGUGCCUCUAGCAGUCAAGUGGUUAAAAGAAGAAGUUAGUCAUUGCACUAACCAAAAGAGGUGUUUGUUCCCAUAUUGAGAACGGAAAAGAACACUCAUAAGGAAAAUAGUUUUACAUUAUAGGUCUUUUUUAUACUUCAAACAUUUAUGUUUUUUAAAGAAACAGCACAGAAAGGCCAAGAACUUAACCCUGCAUUGCCUGGUAACCUUGUAACCCACCCAGAGUGGAGCACUUCACCAGGCGUAAAAGUGCUGCGCCAUAACGCAGCAAGAUCCUCUACCCCCGGCACAUCAACUCCUUAAAUUCCGUAGAGUAAUUAUCUGGGAAUGGGUGGAAAAAGGAAACUGGUUUCAUUUUGGACAUCAUAGGACAAUAAGCGUUCAGUGUAUUUUUCUAGUAUAAAUUGUGCCCUUUAUACAGGCGCAACGGCGUUAAGAUGGAACAAGAAGAAAAGACUUCUGAACUGAGUUACCAUGGCACUUUUCACUCACUCUCUUUAUUUAUUUAUCUUUCCUUUUCCUUUUUUUUUUUUUAAUUUGGAAUGACAACGCGACACCAGAUGCCUCCGUCGGUUUAUUAGUAUUGAUGGUGUUUUUUUUGUGUUGGCAAUAUUUGCCAAGUGGAAAAAAAAACUGUUUUUUUUUCUUCUUUAAAAGUCACUGUAAAUUUGAAAAAAAAAACGUUCUGUGUAAAAGUCAGUCUUUGAUAUGUUUUAUAUAAAUCUAUAUUAUAUAUAUAAAAUAAGGGGUGUUCGAGUGUUUGGCGGGUGCGUUCCGCAUUGACCCUAUUUUUUUUCUGCACUGUAUAAAAUGUAAUGGAGACGGCGUUCCCCCCCUGUGUAAAUCUUACAAAAAACACCAAGAAAAAAAUAAAUAAAAUUUGUAUGUUAUUUGUAA